GCACAGGCGGCCACGAUGAGGGUCAACGAGAAGUACUCGACGCUCCCGGCCGAGGACCGCAGCGUCCACAUCAUCAACAUCUGCGCCAUCGAGGACAUCGGCUACCUGCCGUCCGAGGGCACGCUGCUGAACUCCUUAUCUGUGGACCCUGAUGCCGAGUGCAAGUAUGGCCUAUACUUCAGGGACGGCCAGCGCAAGGUGGACUACAUCCUGGUGUACCAUCACAAGAGGCCCUCGGGCAGCCGGACCCUGGGCAGGAGGGUGCAGCACAGCGACACGCCCUCUGGGGCUCGCAGCGUCAAGCAGGACCACCCCCUGCCAGGCAAGGGGGCAUCGCUGGACAUGGGCUCAGCCGAGCCCCCGAUGGACUACCACGAGGAUGACAAGCGCUUCCGCAGGGAGGAGUACGAGGGCAACCUCCUGGAGGCCGGCCUGGAGCUGGAGCGGGACGAGGACACUAAAAUCCACGGAGUCGGGUUUGUGAAAAUCCACGCCCCCUGGAACGUGCUGUGCAGAGAGGCCGAGUUUCUGAAACUGAAGAUGCCCACAAAGAAGAUGUACCACAUUAAUGAGACCCGUGGCCUCCUGAAAAAAAUCAACUCUGUGCUCCAGAAAAUCACAGACCCCAUCCAGCCCAAAGUGGCUGAGCACAGGCCCCAGACCAUGAAGAGACUCUCCUAUCCCUUCUCCAGGGAGAAGCAGCAUCUAUUUGACCUGUCUGAUAAGGAUUCCUUUUUCGACAGCAAAACCCGGAGCACAAUUGUCUACGAGAUCUUGAAGAGAACGACGUGUACCAAGGCCAAGUACAGCAUGGGCAUCACGAGCCUGCUGGCCAAUGGUGUGUACGCGGCUGCAUACCCACUGCACGAUGGAGACUACGAGGGUGAAAACGUGGAGUUCAAUGACAGAAAACUCCUGUACGAAGAGUGGGCGCGCUAUGGAGUUUUCUAUAAGUACCAGCCCAUCGACCUGGUCAGGAAGUAUUUUGGGGAGAAGAUCGGCCUGUACUUUGCCUGGCUGGGCGUGUACACCCAGAUGCUCAUCCCUGCCUCCAUCGUGGGAAUCAUUGUCUUCCUGUACGGAUGUGCCACCAUGGAUGAAAACAUCCCCAGCAUGGAGAUGUGUGAUCAGAGACACAAUAUCACCAUGUGCCCGCUUUGCGACAAGACCUGCAGCUACUGGAAGAUGAGCUCAGCCUGUGCCACGGCCCGUGCCAGCCACCUCUUCGACAACCCUGCCACGGUCUUCUUCUCUGUCUUCAUGGCCCUCUGGGCUGCCACCUUCAUGGAGCACUGGAAGCGGAAACAGAUGCGGCUCAACUACCGCUGGGACCUCACGGGCUUCGAGGAGGAGGAGGAGGCUGUCAAGGAUCAUCCCAGAGCUGAAUACGAAGCCAGAGUCUUGGAGAAGUCUCUGAAGAAAGAGUCCAGAAACAAAGAGAAGCGCCGGCAUAUUCCAGAGGAGUCAACAAACAAAUGGAAGCAGAGGGUUAAGACAGCCAUGGCGGGGGUGAAAUUGACUGACAAAGUGAAGCUGACCUGGAGAGAUCGGUUCCCAGCCUACCUCACCAACUUGGUCUCCAUCAUCUUCAUGAUUGCGGUGACGUUUGCCAUCGUCCUCGGCGUCAUCAUCUACAGAAUCUCCAUGGCCGCCGCCUUGGCCAUGAACUCCUCCCCCUCCGUGCGGUCCAACAUCCGGGUCACAGUCACAGCCACCGCGGUCAUCAUCAACCUAGUGGUCAUCAUCCUCCUGGACGAGGUGUACGGCUGCAUAGCCCGGUGGCUCACCAAGAUCGAGGUCCCAAAGACGGAGAAAAGCUUUGAGGAGAGGCUGAUCUUCAAGGCUUUCCUGCUGAAGUUUGUGAACUCCUACACCCCCAUCUUUUACGUGGCGUUCUUCAAAGGCCGGUUUGUCGGACGCCCGGGCGACUAUGUGUACAUUUUCCGUUCCUUCCGAAUGGAAGAGUGUGCGCCAGGGGGCUGCCUGAUGGAGCUAUGCAUCCAGCUCAGCAUCAUCAUGCUGGGGAAACAGCUGAUCCAGAACAACCUGUUCGAGAUCGGCAUCCCGAAGAUGAAGAAGCUCAUCCGCUACCUGAAGCUGAAGCGGCAGAGCCCCCCUGACCAUGAGGAGUGUGUGAAGAGGAAGCAGCGGUACGAGGUGGAUUACAACCUGGAGCCCUUCGCGGGCCUCACCCCAGAGUACAUGGAAAUGAUCAUCCAGUUUGGCUUUGUCACCCUGUUUGUCGCCUCCUUCCCCCUGGCCCCGCUGUUUGCACUGCUGAACAACAUCAUUGAGAUCCGCCUGGAUGCCAAAAAGUUUGUCACUGAGCUCCGAAGGCCGGUAGCUGUCAGAGCCAAAGACAUCGGAAUCUGGUACAAUAUCCUCAGAGGCAUUGGGAAGCUUGCUGUCAUCAUCAAUGCCUUCGUGAUCUCCUUCACGUCUGACUUCAUCCCGCGCCUGGUGUACCUCUACAUGUACAGUAAGAACGGGACCAUGCACGGCUUCGUCAACCACACCCUCUCCUCCUUCAACGUCAGUGACUUCCAGAACGGCACAGCCCCCAAUGACCCCCUGGACCUGGGCUACGAGGUGCGGAUCUGCAGGUAUAAAGACUACCGAGAGCCGCCGUGGUCGGAAAACAAGUACGACAUCUCCAAGGACUUCUGGGCCGUCCUGGCAGCCCGGCUGGCGUUUGUCAUCGUCUUCCAGAACCUGGUCAUGUUCAUGAGCGACUUCGUGGACUGGGUCAUCCCGGACAUCCCCAAGGACAUCAGCCAGCAGAUCCACAAGGAGAAGGUGCUCAUGGUGGAGCUGUUCAUGCGGGAGGAGCAAGACAAGCAGCAGCUGCUGGAAACCUGGAUGGAGAAGGAGCGGCAGAAGGACGAGCCACCGUGCAACCACCACAACCCCAAAGCCUGCCCAGACAGCCUCGGCAGCCCAGCCCCUGGCCAUGCCCACCACGGGGGCAUCCUGUAGCUAUGCCAGCGGGGCUGGGCAGGCCAGCCGGGCAUCCCGACCAAUGGGCACCCUCUCCCAGGGCAGGUGGCUUCCCGCUUCCGCCAGGGCCCGGUAGGUCCUAGGUUUUCUGCAAACAUGGAGGACCACUUUCUGAUAGGACAUUUUCCUUUCUUCUUUCUGUUUUCUUUCCCUUGUUUUUGCACAAAGCCAUUAUGCAGGGAAUAUUUUUUAAUCUGUAGUAUUCAAGAUGAAUCAAAAUGAUGGCUGGUAAUAGGGCAAUAAGGUAGCAAAGGCAGGUGCUUUGCAGAAAGAAUGCUUGGAAACUUGAGUCUCCCUAGAGGUGAAAAGUGAGCAGAGGCCCCUAGAAACCCUCCUCUGAAUCCUCCUAAUUCCUUAAGAUAGAUGCAAAAUGGUAAGCCGAGGCAUCGCGCAAAAGCUGGUGCGAUGCGUCAGGGAAAAUGGAAAACCCACUCAAGAAUAAUGAUUGAUUCCAGUUCCAAAAGGUGUCACCUGCCUGUUUCAGAAGUUAGACUUUCCAUCGCCUUUUCCUUCCAUCAGUUGAGCGGCUGAGAGAGAAGUGCCUGAUCCCUGAGUCACACAGGGGGCGUGGGAGCAUCCCAGUUAUCCCUGGAAAGCUAGAAGGGGACACAGGUGUCCCUGAUUAAGCAGGAAACAGCACCCUUGGCAUUCCCGGCAGGCUCCCCGCUGUCAGCCACACACCUGCCCCCAUCACACCAAGCUGACCUCAGAGUUGUUCAUCUUCCUUAUGGGACAAAACCGGUUGGCCAGAAAAUGGGCAGAGAGAGAUGACCUGGGAAGCAUUUCCACAGAUGGUGUCAGGGUUUCAAGAAGUCUUAGGGCUUCCAGGGGUCCCCUGGAAGCUUUAGAAUAUUUAUGGGUUUUUUUUUCAAAUAUCAGUUAUAUGGUAGAUUGAGGAUAUUUUUUCUGUAGCUCAAAGGUAGAGGGAGUUUAUUAGUUAACCAAAUAUCGUUGAGAGGAAUUUAAAAUACUGUUAUUACCAAAGAUUUUUAUUAAUAAAGGCUUCUAUUUUGGUAACACUUCUCUAUAUUUUUACUCACAGGAAUGUCACUGUUGGACAAUUAUUUUAAAAGUGUAUAAAACCAAGUCUCAUAAAUGAUAUGAGUGAUCUAAAUUUGCAGCAAUGAUACUAAACAACUCUCUGAAAUUUCUCAAGCACCGAGAGAAACAUCAUUUUAGCAAAGGCCAGGAGGAAAAAUAUAAAUAUAUUUGUCUUGAACACAUCAUUGAUGUGAUGUUACAUUCUCUUUAAUCUGCCAACUGUGAUCAAAGUUCAUAGGUGUUGUAGAUUUCCAUUAUUUGCUAAAUCAUGCAAUCUGAUGCUUCUCUUUUCUCUUGUACAGUAAGUAGUUUGAAGUGGGUUUUGUAUAUAAAUACUGUAUUAAAAAUUAGGCAAUUACCAAAAAUCCUUUUAUGGAAACCAUUUUUUUAAAAAGUGAAUGUACACAAAUCCACAGAGGACUGUGGCUGGACAUUCAUCUAAAUAAAUUUGAAUAUACGACA